CAAAUUGUCGGCACACACCACGCCGCAAACACGCAUCAUACGCGGCCAUCACUAUAACCGGUCAAACGAGCGAAUAUCAACCGUACCGCGUUAAACAUAAAGCUCAAUUUUACUUUAGUAGCGAGUUUUUUUUUUCGUGAUCGAGUGAAUUUUCCGAAAGUUUUUCCCGAAUUGUUUUUUUUUUUUUGUUUUGUGUGAACGAAAGUGAGGUGAACUUGUGAUUUUUAUUUGUUUGAAUAUUUUGUGGGACGUAUUGAAGUUUUGGGAUAGUGUUAUAAUUUUUGUUAUAAACUCCAGUGAAGUGAAAACUUAAAAGAAAUAUAUUAAGUGUUAAAUAAUGUUUUAAAUACCAUAAUAAAUAAGUGUGAUUAGUGCAUACAGUAGUGUGGAUGUAUCAUAUAGUGUAUUGAGUGUGUGAGUGACAUACAGCAGGAGUCAAGAUGAUGACCCUGUACAGAACCAUUAAGGGGACCAGUACAACUAAGAGGAAGAAACGAGAAAGCCUAGUUCCGUUCGAGGCGGCUGUGGGUAGCGAAAUGGUGUCACGACGUCGAAUACUUUCGCGUUCCCGCGACGACCUAACGCAGGCGUUCGCAGCACCCGUUGAGGAAGAGGAAGAUGUGUGGUAUCAAAAGGAUAAACUUUAUAAGGAACACAUACAAGAAGUACUGGACAAAUGGACACAGAUAGACGACGAGAUAUGGGCAAAAGUGAUAGUGUUCGAGAGGAACAGACGCGUUGCCAAAGCAUAUGCACGUGCUCCUGUACUUACCAUCAACGGCUCGGACGAUGGAUUCGACGGCAUGAGAAUCGGUCUUUGCGGCUUUGAUAACCCACACAGAGAUCAAAAGACAGAAGAAGUCAGAAGACACAUAGGACAAGGUGUCAAAAUCAAAAUGGACGACGCCGGUAACAUACUCAUCAGACGCUACUCCAAGAGUAACGUAUUCGUGAAGAGUACGGCAGCCACCAGCAACGAAGAGACGGCUAUCGGGCAGGACAUAGUCAAACUACCUGGAUAUUCACUUGAACAGGAGAAAAUAUUUAAGUUAUUCGACAUGAAGAAGUUCCAAUCUAACGUGAACCGUGAGCUUCGCCGUUCGUACCCUGACCGCAGGCGGCUGGAGACGCAGUGCCUCAGCGCUAUUGCCUUCGUCAAGUCGGACAACGAUCUCCUCGACUGCCCCAUCUGGGUGCUCAUCAUCAACGUCGUUGCUAUGGAUAUGCUCAAGUCCAAGCUUCCACCUGUUCAAAGACUGCUGGACAUCAAGAACCGACCCCGCAUUCCAAUUCCCGACGAGGACCCGUACAGCAUCGCCAGCUCCAACGCAAAUGGCUCAGGAUCUAGCGGCAGCUCCGGAGGCUAUGGUCACAAUGGACACAACGGACACCAGAAUAAUGGACAUGGAGUAGUAGCCGCGACCAGGGAACAACUGAUGAUGCAAAUGGGCCAGAGGAGAGGUGACAAGCCUCCGAAGCUACCACCAAGGGAGAAUGGGUAUGGGCCCGCUGAUAUUCCCAAGGUACGUGGAUACAAACCUGAUUACGAUGACAUCGAAGGCCACGAUGGACGCGUGCCAACACAGUUCCCAAGAGGCAAAUCAGAUAAGGGCAAAGACAACAAGAAAUACGAUGAUCCUUACUACUGUGGUCUGCGAGCGCGCGUGCCCAACUUCGUGAAGACUAACGGCGCGAAGGUCUUGCCUUCGAUGACUGAACGUCUGACUCUGAAGGAGGCUCCAGUGCCCAGCAAGCGCUACAGCGUGGCUCACGCUCACCCCGGCCCAUUCCCGCCGCACAUGGCGCCGUUCGCUCACGCGCCGAUGCCGCCACAGGCUUUGUGGCACGCUCGCUCUUACGAGAGCGGAAUCGACGGAGAACAGCACUAUGAUCCAUACGCGCUGUACGGACGGUUGCCCAUGCCUGGGCGUGGCUUCCCCCCACCACCAGCACCUCACGCGCGUCACAUGUUCAUUGGAGAGUGGGACUAGAGUGCGAACCAACUGACACCUGGCAACUUAAUCUAGACAUAAGCAAAGGAUACUGUCAAAUCGAUAUAGAGAAAUAUCAGUACAUUUUGGUACGAUUUCUAUGUAGACGAUUUAUUCAAUCUUUUCAAAUGAAGUAAACAAUCAUGUAACCAAAGAUUGAAAUGUAAUUUAACUGGUUUUAGGGUGCAUGAAGACAGGUAUGAAAUUAAGAAUCGAUGUGGCAGUAUCUUUGAAAUAUAUUAUUCUUUAUUGUUGUAAAUAUUCAAAGAUUUGUAAAAUAAAAUGAAUUUAAAAAUUGUGUUUACGUCAAUGACGCAAUUGUUUAUUUUUUGUAUGUGGAGCAAGAGAUUUGCGUUAUGGUAUUGCGAAUAUUAUCGAGAUUUCUAGUAUACAUCAAUAUGUAAUCCUAUAAUCAACGUAUUAUGUCUAAGUAUUAAGUAUAGCAUAUAGUAAUCGAGUUUACCAACACGUUAGGAGUAAAGUAUUUAACUGAAUAUUGUAAAAAUUUAGCGUUAAUUAAUUAAACCAAUAAGUUAACUUUCACUGCCAAUUUUUAACGAUUUGCGUGUUCAAUGUCAUCACAAUUGUCUUGUCGUUAAAGUAUUUUCUCUUUUUUAUUUUAAUUUUUAAGUGGCAAUCCUAGUCAAAACAGGGUUGGGAAAAUUUAAAACAAUUAGGGAUUUUGAAAUAUUUUUGCUAUUGUAAUUGUUGCAAUUUCCAAAAAGUUAAGAUGGUUUUUUAGACGUGCUGUUUUCAAACAUUUCAUGUUGUUUUAUCGAACAAAGUGACUGCAAUAUUUAUUUUAAUUGAAGAACAAAAUGCUAUAUUAGUAUACGAACAACAAUUUUCGCCCUUCAAACAUCACAUAUUGUUAAUAUAAUAUUAUUUGUAAUUGGCAUGUAAAUUGCAUAUUUUCAAAUGCGACAUGUAGGAAUAAGGUAGGAAUUCAAUUAUAGUUUUAAUUAAUACUUUUGUAAAUAUCUCUCUUCUUUAAUAUCAUAUUAAGGUCUAUAUCCACGUAUUUCCUGAUAUAUUUCCCAAUACUCAAUUUAUCAUAAUAUUAAUUAUGAUCUAGUUUUGUACAACUACGUUGACAAUUUAAAUGUAAUUUAUUGUCACAAUUAAUUUUAAGGUUUUAAUAUUUUUUGUAUAUUUAGAUACGUUUUGUAUUUGUAGCACAUUAAGUGUUAUAUUUUAACUGAUAAACUCAUACAUUAAAAUAUUAUAUUCUUUGGAAAAACUGUGUUCUAUAGAGACACGGUUCUUUUUACCAUAUCUUAUUUUAUUUGCUUCAAAAACUGAAUUGUAGCUUCAAAAAUUCGGAGGUGCUACACAGGUUACCAUAAAAUAUUGUAUCUUAUGCAUUAUUGUAGAUAAUUAUAAUGAUACUUUAAGAUGAGAAUAUACACGUGAAACUAUAGUAUUUUUCCAAAUCAAAGACGGUGAUAGAGGAAAACGGACUACGAUGAGUAAAUGUAUUAAAACAUGUUCUGUAAAUGUAACUUUUUAUACAAAACAAGAUCAAUUUAACUGUCAAGUUACUUAUUGAUAAUUGCAAUUAGAUAAGUAAAGCAUUUUCAAAGAAAAAUGUUAUGAUAAAAGGGUCGAAUGACUCUGGCAAAAUGUAAAAUACUGCUGCUAUUACGAAUUUAAGUAAUAUAACAUCAACAUCCACUUGUAUUGUGUAGCAUUGGGUGUUGGUUAUCGAGUAACCUAUCAUAAGGAAGAACGUUUAUGAGUAAAUAUACAAUUAUUUUAAUAAAA